CAUAUUCAUACCACAACCACCAUAAAGAUUUCGAAUUCUAACCAAACUGUGUAGUAGGGAAAAUUGGUAAAGAUUUUGAAUGUUUAUCCAUAUCUUUUCCAAUUGGAAAUUUAAUUUAUAUAUUUAAGAAUUUGAUUUCAUUCAUAUCUCAUUGUCCUAUAUAAUAGCUACCUCUAUAAAAUUUUCCAAUAUUAUUUUCUUGAAUUGGUUCUGAUUAGUCGAAUUUUGGUCUUUUACCGUUUUGGUUCUGAUCAAUUGAAUUCUCGCUCUAAUGGAGGAUUGUUCUCUACCUAAGGAUGCUUACUUUCUCGGAUUUGAUAGCUCUACUCAGUCAUUGAAGGCAACUGUAUUAGAUUCGAACCUCAACAUUGUUGCUGCAGAGAUUGUUAAUUUUGAUUCUGAGUUGUCACAUUACAAGACUAAAGAUGGUGUUUACCGGGACCCUUUGGUUAACGGGAGAAUUGUGUCGCCCACUAUAAUGUGGGUCGAAGCUCUUGACCUCAUACUUCAGAGGCUUCAAAAAUCGAAAUUGUAUUUUGGAAAGAUUGCUGCUGUUUCGGGAAGUGGACAACAACAUGGCAGUGUGUAUUGGAAGAAUGGGAGUUCCAAAAUAUUGUCAUCAUGUGACCCGAUGAAACCAUUGGUGGAACAACUUUUUGAUGCCUUUUCCACCAAGGAGUCUCCUGUAUGGAUGGACAGCAGCACCACGGAACAAUGCAAGGCAAUUGAGAAAGCUGUUGGUGGUGCAUUGGAAUUAUCUAAGAUUACUGGUUCACGUGCAUAUGAGAGAUUUACUGGUCCACAAAUUCGGAGGAUCUUUGAGAAACAAUUAGAUGUUUAUCGGAAUACAGAAAGAAUAUCCCUUGUCAGCUCCUUCAUGGCAUCCCUUCUUACGGGGAGCUAUGCUUGUAUAGAUCAUACUGAUGGCGCAGGGAUGAAUUUGAUGGAUAUAAAAGAUAGAUCUUGGUCCAAAAUAAUAUUGGAGGCCACUGCACCUGGCUUAGAGGAAAAACUUGGCAAGUUAGCUCCUGCACAUGCUGUAGCUGGUUUAAUUUCACCCUAUUUUGUGGACAGGUACCACUUCAACAAAGACUGCUUAAUUAUUCAGUGGUCUGGUGAUAAUCCUAACAGCCUAGCAGGUGAUCUUUGUUUAUUAUUUAUUUUCAUAUUACUCAUCAUAAUUUCAUUGGCAAAUGCUUUCAUUAAACGAUCUGUUUUUGUUUGCCUCCAUUUU